AUGAAUACCGAAAGCGAUACCGAUGGAGAUUCGGAUAAUGACAGUCAACUCCUAGCAGCUAAAAACAAGAGACAGAAGAUUAGCAGCGAUAAGAACUUUAAAACCUACUGGUUAAAUAAUCUGCAGUUUCGUGGAUGGCUUUUGCCUAACAAAAACUCGAAAAACAAGGCAAUCUGCAAAGAACUGCCUGAAAUAAAACUCAUGAUAAUAGGCAUAUACUGUGGAAAGGGAAAACCUUCAAAUUUAUCUGCAUUUUUGGGACCUUUCGUCGAAGAAGUUAAAACCGUUCUUUUAAAUGGAUUAAUCAUAGGUGGUAAUCAAGUUACUGUGAAAUUAAGAUGCUUUGUGUACCCAAUUUUAACAGUAAACAUGGAUGUCUUAAGUGUACCACAAUUGGAGAAUAGUCACAUCUUUCCCAUACAGUAUAUUUUUCAAGAGCAGGCUGCGAAAAGAGAACAGAUUCCGGAUUUCGUACAAAGUUAUAUGGCACACAUCAUAAGCAAGAAACUCCAUUAA